AUGCUCGUGGGGGUCGCUAGAGCCACGGGCGCAGGGAAAUCAUCAAUGCUCAAUGCUCUUCUAGGAUUUCGUGAAAUAUUCCCUUCAGGACAUCAGGGAGCAGCUACCGCGGUGCCGUGCAAAGUAUCAUGGAACUUUGACGACCGCGCCGGCCACGAGUGCAUCGCAAACAUUUACUUCCAAUCCAAAGCGGAGGUCAUGAAGACUCUUGAGAUUCUUGUUGAAGCAUUCAUCUCUCGGGACAAUCCGGACGAGACUUCUUUUCACAGCGACAAAGAAAAAGAGGACAAUCUUGAACAGAUGCAAAAUGAGAUAAACAAGGGCAUGGAAAAGGUCCGAGCUGUGUGGAAGCUUGAAGAAGAAGAUGUGCAGGAUAUUAUCAACAGCACGUGCUCGAAAGUCACAUCAAGCGCAAACUUCAUCUUCGAUAGCAACCCUGCGGUUGGUGAACUUUUGAAGUUAUCGAUGAAGCCCGUCCACGCAUCCACUCCCGAGGAGCUGGCAGGCUUGACCAAACCAUACCUUGAUUCGACAGAGGCUUCUCAUGGGAGUGGUACCAAUUUUGCUGCUUGGCCACUUGUCAAAGAGGUCAGGUUAUUCUUGAGAGUUUCGCUUCUGAAGAAUGGAAUAUGCUUGGUCGACCUCCCUGGACAGGGAGAGAUGGAGGCUAGCAGGGUAGAAGUCGCUCAAAAGUACUCAGAUAAGCUUGACGUUACUAUGAUCGUCGCUCCAGUUCAUCGGGCUGCCGAUGAGCGUAUUGCGCAGAAGCUUGUAAGCAAGUUUCAUUCAAUGCAAAUGCAAAUGGAUGGACGCUUCAACAAAGAAAAGUUCUCCGUUAUUCUUUCCAAAACCGACCAAAUCGAGGCCGAUGAUUAUACAGCCUUAUAUGGACAAGACGAAGAAGUGCGGGCGCUUAAAAGGAGCGAUUCAAAUUGCCCGACAGGAAAAGAGUAACAGACCAAACAGUCGAAGACAAAGAAAGUUGCAAUCACGGGCCAAAGCUUUAAUGAAACAUUUCAAGAAGGCUUCCCAUAAAAAUAAAAAGAUUGGGACAGAGGAAAAAGCCCUAGUCGUUGACCAGAAGCUGAAGAAAACAAAUAAUAAGUUGCUCGCGAAAGCAUUAUUAAGGAAAAUCAUGGCAUGGAAAGAGCGUGCCAAGAAAACCAACAAGCAAGCGGACCUUGAGAUUCAGAGGCUUGAUCACCAACUGAGCCAUUGGGCCAUCUGGAAUAGAAACCGCCAUGUGGGUGAGCGUAUAGAACAAAGCUUCCAGAGGCAGAAACGAGGUAACUCGCGGGGACCCAGUGUCUCAAGAGAUGAGACCUUGGGAGUGACAGUCUUGGGAAUCAGCUCCACUGCAUACUGGCAGCUCCAAAAUCAAAAAGGGGCAAGACUCGGUUUUCCCCGAGAAACUUUCACGGGGAUCCCGGGGGUAGCACAAUGGAUGCAUAAGGCAAUAUCCAAGUCAAGAGAAAAGCACUUGCUUCUGAUAUUGAACAAAUAUCUUGUCGUCUUCAACAAGUUGCAGGCAUGGACGAAAAAUUCAACUAAGUCAGAUCCGGUUAUGGAUAAGAUUGAGAUUGAAGAUCGACUGAACAAAUCUCACCAGAACUUUUUGAAAGUAAGUGGUUCUAUUCAGGGGCAUCCUUUGAGACCUGAACUGCGAGCUAAUUCGAUUUCUAGGAUCUGGAGAGUAUCUUCGACACUUUAUGCAAGAAAAUUGAGGCAUUAGACACUCUCAAAGAGAUCAACCCAAUCAAACUCAAAUUCAAGAGGGAGAGCGAAUAUAUUACUGAAACCUGGUCUUUGAAAGACCCAAAGAGCCCAUUGCGACGGGCAAUACACUGGUCAACCUACAGAGCGAUAGUUGUUCGGAAGGGGUAUUGGAAGCACCCCGAUGGUAUUGAAUACAAUUGGAUUUUGGACUUGUAAGUAUAUCAACCAGCUGUCGGAGCGGGAACUCAAGCUAACAUUCUGGUAGGGCGACACCUCUGCUCGAAAUUCUGAAAAGAAAUUGGCAGGGAGUCUCCAAGGAUUCAUUAUUGAGGCUACGAAAUGACGUCGAGACUAAAAUCAUCGACGCUUGGAAGGGUGAUUCAGCCGAGAAAAUCGAUUGGAAGCUCAGAGAACAGCUCAUCUGCAUCUUCCCUGAAAUGACGGCAAUUGGCACUAGUCUCUGUAGUCAAAUGAGCUCCCUAUUGGACCACUUUGCCAAAAAGGUCAACGGCUUACAUUGUUUGAUCAUUCCAAAUAUAGAGAACGCGCUCGAGCGCGUCUUCGGCGAGGCUCUGCAAAUCCAAGGUAAGCAUAUUGGCCACCGUUCUGACAACUAAAACUAAUAAACCUCUUUUUAUCUUGAUAAUUAGGUCCUGGAUCGCACGCCAAGCGUCAACAAAUUUUGGCAGAAAAUGUCCCUCUGGAGUGUGAACGUUUAGUUCCAAGACUGUGCCAAAAAAUACGAGAUGCAUUUCAUGAAAGCUUGGGAGAGGUCAAAAGAGACUCGAUGAAGAAAGCCCUUGAGGCGAUUGAAGAGGCCAAGACACAAUUCAACAUCCACGCUAGAGUUCUGUCUAACAACGGGCUAUCGGCAGGCGAGUUGAGUGAAAGUUGCCAAAAGAUCUUGGGGAUGUGGCUGGUUGAUUAGGAAUCACCAGGCAAAGACUUGGAUCACAUCUUGAAGCAAGACGUCUCGAUCCCCGAGAAAGUGACCACUGAGCAUAUAUUGAGCAUGGAAGAAGCCUAUAGAAAUCUAUUCGGCGAUGGGCCGAUGGCUCAAACUGAUUCCGAGGAGAGCGAAAGCGAGAGUGACAGUGAUAGGGAUAACGACGCCACCGGCAACGAAACGAAUCAGGACGAGGAGAUGCCGCUUGCGGACGACAUCUCCAUGGAAGACCUGGAAAAGGAACUGAAGGAGUUGGAGAAGCAACGAAAGAAACGUUAG